AUGACGCGGACUCCCUCGCCGGAGAGGCGUGACGUCAUCGAAGCUGCGCGAACGGUUCAGAGGGUGUAUCGUGGCUAUCGUACACGAAGAGAGCUUCGUGGGUUUGGUUUAUCGGCUUCAACACGAUGGGACGAGGCCUUCCACGAAGCCCACUGGCAUCAACUUCACCAACCCAGAGAUAUUCGAGUCGCACCCGCGGAUGAGAGCUGCAACCAAGCGCGGCGAAACUGGCAGCGAGCGGUCAGCGUCGCGAAACGAGCUGGCGGCGAUGAUGAUGACUGUGUUUCGGGGUCAGCGUCCACCGGAACGCAGUCCACCCAUAUAAACGAGAUGUCGUCGGGGGCAAGUGCCAAGAUGAUGGAUCUUAGAUAUUUCCUUGAAAUGGUGGAUCUGAAACAUCGACAUGGGAGCAAUCUGCGCGCAUACCACACCUACUGGCAAAACUCGCCAUCAACCCAAAAUUUCUUUUAUUGGUUAGACCAUGGUGAAGGGAAACAGUUGGAAUUGGAACAAUGUCCACGAGAGCGUCUUGAGAAACAGCAGGUCCGCUACCUAACCCGAGAGCAACGCAUGAAUUACUUGGUCAGAGUGGAUGAAGCUGGGUUAUUCCGAUGGGCCAAAAAUAACGAGUUAGUGUGGACAAAUAACACACGCUUCAAAGACAGCCUUGAGGGGAUUGUAUCCAUGGAGCAUGAUGCACCGCAAUUUCUUGGAAACGAGACCGCCACAGACUCUGAAUCUACAUCAAACUCUUCCUCACCAUCCGAUUCCAUGUCAUCCUCUCCAAAGAGCCUUGGCAGUGUGUUGUCCAACGAGGAGAAUCAUAUUGUCACAAAAGAAGAGUACAAGGCCGCAAAGGUGAUCAAGAAGGUCAUUCAUUCGAACCCAACCACUGCAUUCAAACGAAUGUUGGGUCAGUCCACUGAAAAGGAAAACAUGUGGAUUUUCGUCGCAGACAGUUCCUUCCGUUUGUACAUUGGGAUCAAAAAGUCGGGAGCUUUCCAGCACUCCUCAUUUUUAAGAGGUGCUCGUAUCGCUGCAGCUGGAAUGAUCAAGAUCAAACACGGCCAGCUACGCAGCCUGGCGCCAAUGAGUGGCCAUUAUCGACCCCCAGCCGCCAACUUUCGGGCCUUCCAUCUUGCCCUUCAAAAACAAGGGGUGGACAUGUCAAAUGUCUCGAUGAGCAAGUCCUAUGUGAUGCUCGCUGGAAUCCAGGGCUACACUAAGACAAAACGAAAAUUCCGUGCAAUACAUGGGAAAAUGCAACAUAAUGAACCAGACGUCUCUAAGCCUCCCGAAUGA